AUGUCGGCAGAUGAGUGUUCCUCAGUCAACCAUGACUCUGUACCCACGAUAACGUCAGGGACAACUACCGAACUCUGUGCACAAUUUCUUACCGAUACGAAUCUCAUUUCGCUUAUCACCGCAAAGAAGGAUGCAGCCACCCCGUGCGCAUGCGCGGAGUAUGAUAUGACGCAGGACGCCAUGUUUGAAAAGGUCGAAAAUUGCUAUGGAGAAUGGCUGUUCAAUGAUGGCGUCAAGCAGAAAUGCUGUUACAGAAAUGGCAAGUUGCUGGCUGGAUACCCUGAUGGCGGGUUUGUUAUUCUGGAUGGAAUGAAAACGUCCAUGGAUGUAGUUCGCAACGUUUGUUGUCAUGGUAAUAACCGGUCUACUUGCGCGGCUUUUUACGACAUUAACCAGUCGGACGAUUGUACAAGAUAUGGAAAUAUUGUUUCAGCUCUGUCUUGGGGUGACCCGCUUAUUCAGACAGUUGGAAGUCCAUCAUAUAACUACUCUUUCAACGGUCACGGGGAAUAUAUUUUUCUAAAAUCAUCCAAAGGGCUAGAAAUACAAGCCCGUACAGACUAUCUUGUACCUGGAAACAACGACUCAACAAUAUUCACUGCGUUUGCAUUUACGAACGUCUAUAUCAACGAGACACUUCAGGUUUUAUUCAACAGACCGGGAAACCUUAUAGAUCUUUAUCUCAAUAAUGGGGUAUUAUUUGCCAAAUCAGGCUCUUGUACAGAGCACACGCACCAGACAUCCGGUUUCUCGAUUGUUUGUUUACCGAAUGGAUUCAAAAUUAUACCGACGCUAUUAUUAAACGGCUUGAAUGCGGAUGUCACCACGAAUGGAAAAUUCAUGAGUAUAGAAAUAAAAGAGUCGUCGAAGCAGGUUAAUAUGACUGGUCUAGCAGGCAACGUUAAAGACGGAAAAUACUGUUUUCCAAAUGGCUCUUCAAUACCGACCAAUUCCAGUGAACGCGAUGUUUUUGAAUACGGCGAUGCAUGGUCUUUAACACGAUGGAACAACUCAUCGCUUUUUAAUUACACUUUAUCUGCUGGUGACUUCAGCUACCACAACACAUUUUCGAGACCCAGAUUCCUUGAAGAUCUACUUAACAACUUAACAGCCUUAUUUGGCAAUUGCAACAAUACUAUAAAUAUAACUUCAAUAAAUGCGACAUGCAGAAACUCCUGGGAGGACAUGUUAAACAAACAGUGCCUGUUAAUAAUUGCGAGGACCUGCAACAUAUCUUUCGGCGAAGACAUUCAAAAGGAAACAGAGAGACAGCAUAUGGACUUCAUUAGAAAAAACAAUAAACCACCCAGUUUUAAGAAUGCAAUGCCGAACGCAACCGAUAUGUUAUUUAAUGGCAAUACCUCCUGGACUAUCAAUCUGAGGGAGAUGGUAGUCGAUGACAAUCUGUAUGAUCUAAGAUUUGAAGUGGAUCCCUGGCUGGAUGGCGAAAUGAAUAUAAGCGCUGAUGGGGAAUUCACAUGGAAAGUUGGAACAGCCUUACGAAACAUCAUCGAGCGAGCACUUCACAUUGCCGUUUUUGACACAUUUAAUUUAACGAAUUCGCACAUAAUCAAUUUCCGAUACUGUGGUUGUGAGAGACCAAAUGAGUGUAACUUCCAGAGCGAAACAGCUGACACUGCCGAAUGCAAAUGUCCAAAUCGUUUUGUGGAAGGAAAGUUUUGCGAAAAUAAAACAGACCUGUGCAGUCAAUACAUUUGCUACCAAAAUGACACAUGCAACAAAAACUAUUCCGGGGAUGGGAGUCCAUGCGCUAAGUGUCCAAAAAAGGGAUUUUAUGAGGAAAAUUUCGGAUUUACCCAGUUUUGUCAAGAUCUAAACGAAUGCAACGACACGCGCACUCACAACUGCGAACAAGAGUGUUUUAACGACGUGGGAUCCUAUCACUGCGGCUGCAAAAGUGGAUAUCUGCUUAAUAAUGACAACUCCACGUGUGCAGACGUCGACGAGUGUGUGCUAGGCAAUUAUUCCUGCACAAAUCUCCAUGAGGCAUGUGUGAAUCUGCCGGGAAAUUAUACAUGUGGAUGUGAGUCAGGAUUCAGCAAGAACAAUGCGACUUCUCCCUGUGUGAAACUAGAGAGCCAAAUGUAUUUCGGAUUUUUGGAGUACAUCAUUCAUACGACUGAUAUACCCCAGACCAAUGACUCUCUUCAGGGUGAAAUAGCGACGACGUCAACAGAGUUUACUAAAAUCCUUAAUAGAACCAACAACUUCAUGCACAUUGAGAUCUACAAGAUAUACAAAAGUUUAAACGUGAUGGGUACACAAGUCCAUUUCGACUUCGUUCUUCACAUGAGUAGUAAACAAGAUCGUGUUAUUACUAUGAAAGAAAUGGGAGAACAUUUAAAGAUCCAAAUACAAUUAUCAUCUCUGAAACUGACUCUAGACCCUCCAACAACCGCCCUCCGCGUGCAAUCACCAAACGAGGGAGGAAUAUGUGACGUUGUCCCGAAACGCACUAAUUGUCUGGAGCAAAGCACGCACUGUAUCAAUAGAGAAAUAGAUGAGGACUACUAUAGCUGUGAAUGCAAUGCCGGCUUUAAGAAGCCUAACACUGGCAAUAAGCGCGAUCUUUAUUGUGACGAUAUAAACGAAUGCGAGGUAUUUAAAAAUGACAACACAACAGAAGAGCGCUGUGUACACGGAGAAUUUUGCUUGAACACGUACGGAUCUUGGAACUGUACAUGUCCAAAGGAGAGACUUUGGAUGUCGGUUGGCACUCCAGAAAAUCCAGUGUAUCGAUGUCAAGGAAAUCAUAGCUAUUUGGGCAGUAUCACUCUUUUAUGGGACGCGAGAAAAGAAGUUCUUAACCGGUCGGUCAUCGAAUCGUUUUUGGCAACUCAAAUUGAAUAUGCAUAUAAGGACCCUUCUAUGGAAUCAACGUCAGCCAUUCAUAUGAAGGUAUUAUUUGUAUCUGCGACGAUUUUGGGAAACACAUCAAUAAAUAGACCAGCAUUUGGCAAUAUAUUUAUGUUAACAUACGAAUUUCGUAUCCGUCUGGGUGACCCUGUUAGUACUUCACGAUUACAACAAGUAGCCGACAAGUAUUUCAAAUAUGGCACAACCGUGGGAUAUACUGACUUUCAAAAUGUGACAAUCUAUAAUGAAUCAGACAACAUACUGUGUAAGCGAAGCAACAAUGGUAGCUGUGAUAUGAGAACCACGGUUUGUGAACAAGUCAACGGCACCACGAAAUGUAAAUGCAAACCUGGGUACAGCAUGCAUCCGUAUGACAGCCAUGCGUGUCAAGAUGUGGAUGAAUGCAACUCUGGCUACAUGUGUAUUGACGGAACUUGCGAAAACAAGGAAGGCAAUUGGACUUGUAAAUGUCCCUUAGAAACAAGCCUGGUGGUCCUCAAUGAAACUGUCCAAAAUUGCUCAGCUGCCGCAUUCAACAUGUGUACCUCAACGGAAACGCCGUACCGGCUUUUUACAUGUCGUAACGGUGAACGGAUUUGCGAGAACUCUACGUUGUCAUGCCGUUGUUAUUCUGGGUAUUUUGUAAAUGGAAGUGGCAUUAAUUCUACAUGUACAGAUUUAGAUGAGUGUUCGAGUAAUCCCUGUGGAAAUGGAACGUGUGGUAACACCAUCGGGUCAUUUUCCUGUGAUUGUAACAAAGGUUUUAUAUUGAAUAAAACUGAGAACACAUGUAUAGAUAUUGAUGAAUGCUUACAUCCGGACGACAUUUGUGUCAAUGGGAAAUGUUCCAAUAACAACGGAAACUACACAUGUACUUGUCAUAAUGGUUUCUACGAACAGUUUAGUAACCAGUACGUUACUUAUUGCACUGAUAUAAACGAAUGUACAAAUGCUUCCUACUCCUGUGAUGGAAUAUGUACAAAUCAACAAGGGUCAUUUACGUGCGCGUGCCCGCCCGGUUUUCAUGCAUCAGGCGAUAAUCACAUGCAUUUUAUGUGCACAGAUUUUGAUGAGUGUGCGAAUUCAAGUGGUUACCAAUGUAUUCAUGGGACUUGUUCAAACACAAACGGAUCGUGGGACUGCGCCUGUGGAUUUUCAAGUCGACCUUUGAAGUUGAACAACAGCGUCAUUGAAUGCAUUGAGAUUUACAGGUAUCCGAUGCAGUUUGAGGUUCAAGAGAUAAGUCUUCCAGGAGGCAGCCAACCACCUGAGAAGGAAAUCGAAAACCUCCUUAUUAAACAGCUUACAGACAUUCUGAAUACUAGCCAAUCACUUGGUGGAAAAGUCCAGUUCCCUGUUGAACUGUUACCAAACGGGUAUCAUCAUCCAUCAAAUGGCAAUAUCACAUUCAAUGUUACGGUGAUCCUUUCAACGAUGUUCAACGAUUCCGCCUUAAAAGCCGUGUUUCAGAAAUCUAAUCCAUCUCAACGAACCAUUGUGGCAGGCAGCAUACUAGUUAUUUCGUUUAGCAAAUCAGAAAUAUAUGUGGAUCAAUGCAAUUUACACUCUAAAGAUUGUGAUUUCAACUCCACCGUAUGCGUCUUCGAUAAGUCAAAAGGAAGGGUAUCAUGCCAAUGUCGCACCGGGUAUAAGGACGUCAAGUAUCAUUAUGGUGUUGGUAUUUGUGAACCAGUUAAAGAGAGUAAAGAGGAGUUUGCGUAUGUUGCCACAGUCAGUAUAACAAUCGAGGCAAACACAACUUCCGACAACUCAUCUUUAAGGGAAACGAUAAAGCAGCAGAUAACAUACAUUUACCAGGCUAUGUUUCCGAAUGACAAGAUUUGGGUCGAACUAGUGCGAUUAUUGUAUGGCAACGCACGUACAAAAAGGUAA